AUAAAGUAAAGCGUGCGUCUCUGUUGUUAUCCACACACCGGAAAUGGAUUGGUAGAACUUUGACUGGAACGCAGGUCUGGCUCUAGACGCAGGACGGAAACGGGGCAUGGAAUAUAGAACGCAGUGCGACGGGUGCACUGGGAAGACAGGAAGUGGGGCACAACUAAGGCAAUGCGAAUGUCAGCGCGGUUGCUAGGCGCAGAGCGGAAGUGAGGCUUGUGGAGCAGGUGUGCGGUAUUUGCCGCUGGUUAGUGUGAGUACAGCAGUAUGGAUAACCCGGCUUUUCCCUGCCUGUGCGCUCUGUUGUUGUUGUUGGGGACCCUGUGCCCGGUGUGUCCCUCCGCCACUAAGAAAGACAUGUUGGAUUACUCGGAGACGCACGACCAUUAUUAUAACUAUAAACAACUGACUGAUCUUCUCCGAGCCCUUGAACAGGCGCACCCGGAACUCGCCAGCUUGGGCAGCCUGGGCCGCUCGGUGGAGGGGAGAGAGUUGUGGUACAUGAGACUCACUGUAGAACCCCACGCGGUGCCCCCGGAGCGGCCGAAGUUUAAGUACGUGGGGAACAUGCACGGGGAUGAGACGGUGUCCCGCCAGGUGCUCAUUUACCUCACACAAUACCUGUUGGCUCAGUACGGCCGGGACGAGCGCGUCACUCACCUGCUCAACGGCACCGACGUGUACAUCGUGCCCAGCCUCAACCCCGACGGCUUCGAGAAGUCCCAGCCAGGAGACUGCGGGGGGGACAAGGGAGGCAGGAACAACGCCAACAACAAAGACCUCAACCGAAGCUUCCCCGACCAAUUCUCCCCGGACAGUGACCCGCCAGAUGCCUCCCUGGUGCCCGAGGUAACUGCCAUGAUCAGCUGGAUCCGGAGCAACAGGUUUGUUCUGUCUGGCAACCUUCAUGGUGGCUCUGUGGUUGCAAGUUACCCUUAUGAUGAUUCACGCCAACAUAGUAUCCCUGGCCACUACAGCAGAUCAUCUGAUGACAAAGUUUUUAAGUACCUGGCAAAAGCCUUUGCUGAAAACCAUCCUAUAAUGAAGACUGGCCAUCCAAAGUGUGAGGGAGAAGAUGAGUUUUUUCAAGAUGGCAUAACCAAUGGUGCUCAGUGGUAUGACGUUUCAGGUGGGAUGCAGGAUUAUAAUUAUAUAUGGGGAAACUGCUUUGAGGUGACAUUUGAGCUGUCGUGCUGCAAAUAUCCACUCGCUUCUAAACUUUCCGAAGAGUGGGAGUACAACCGGGAGAGUCUCAUCACAUUCAUAGAAAUGGUGCAUAUUGGAGCAAAGGGAUUUGUGACAGACUCUGUCACAGGGAAAGGAAUUGAGAAUGCUGUUAUUUCUGUGGGAGGAAUUGGCCAUAACAUUACAACUGGCAAACUGGGGAACUUCCAGAGAUUGUUGGCUCCUGGGUUGUACAAUAUCACUGCUUCAGGAACAGGGUACUUGCCAGAAACUCUAGUUGACGUUGAAGUAAAACAAGGACCAGCAACUACGCUUGCAUUUUCCCUUCAUCCAACAGAAUUAAUUCCAGAUCCAAAUAUUAAACCAGAAACAACUACUAGUAGGAUUACCACUACUACCGAGGAACUGAAUGUGAAAACAGAAACCACUACAACCCCCCGAAUAGCAAUCCAGCCCCAGGAUUUCCGGCAUCACCGUUACACUGAUAUGGAGAUCUUCCUGCGGAAGUACAGUAUCGAUUACCCAAGUAUCACACGUCUUUACUCGGUAGGCAAGUCUGUGGAACAGAAGGAUCUUUAUGUAAUGGAAAUAUCUGAUAACCCUGGCAUUCAUGAGGCAGGUGAACCAGAGUUCAAGUACAUUGCAAACAUGCACGGCAAUGAGGUUGUUGGGAGGGAACUACUUCUGUAUCUCAUCGAAUACCUCUGUAAAAAUUAUAACAUUGAUCCAGAAGUCACAUACCUGGUUCAGAACACCAGAAUUCACAUUAUGCCUUCUAUGAAUCCCGACGGCUAUGAGAAGGCAGAAGAAGGGGACAAAGAUGGUUUGGUUGGCAGGAACAACAGCAACAAUUAUGACCUGAAUCGUAAUUUUCCAGACCAGUUCUUCCAGAUCACAGAACCUCCGCAACCUGAGACCUUAGCUGUAAUGAACUGGCUGAAAACCUAUCCUUUUGUGCUCUCUGCAAACCUGCAUGGUGGCUCCCUUGUAGUUAAUUAUCCUUUUGAUGAUGAUGAAAAAGGUGUGUCCAAAUACAGUAAAUCCCCAGAUGACCCAGUGUUCCAGCAUUUGUCUCUUUCUUAUUCCAAGGAAAACCCCAAGAUGUAUGAAGGAUUUCCAUGCAAGGAAAUAUACCCCAACGAGAAUUUUCAACAAGGCAUUACCAAUGGUGCAAACUGGUAUAAUGUGCCAGGUGGAAUGCAAGACUGGAAUUAUCUCAACACAAACUGUUUUGAAGUCACAAUUGAACUUGGCUGUGUGAAAUACCCAAUGGCUGCGGAGCUCCCUGCUUACUGGAGAAGCAACCGCCGCUCUCUGCUGCAAUUCAUAAAGCAAGUGCACAUUGGUAUCAAAGGAUUUAUACUGGAUGCAACUGAUGGAAGAGGCAUACCGAAUGCCACCAUAAGUGUUGCCAGCAUUAAUCAUGUAGUCACGUCCUAUAAGGAUGGUGAUUUCUGGAGACUUUUGGUCCCAGGGGCAUAUAAAGUAACAGCCUCAGCAAGGGGAUAUGUCCCUGUCACUAAAAACGUCAACGUCACAGAGAGAGAAGCUGCGUUGGUAAACUUCACCCUUGUUCGUUCAGGGGCAGACUUCCACAAAGAGGAUAAAGGAAAACCAUUCAUAACUGAAGUAGAGAACCCAGAUCCCAACACUAAAGAGUUUGAGACACUGAUAAAGGACCUCUCGGCAGAGAAUGGCUUAGAACACUUUUUAAUGUCCACCUUGGUGGAUAUCGAUCGAUUCCGCUACAGGCCUUAUAAGGAUUUGUCUGGGUUUCUCCGUGGCCUGAACCUUAAUUACCCACAUAUUACAAAUCUGACCAGCUUGGGUCAGAGUGUGGAAUUUCGGCACAUAUGGUCCUUGGAAAUCUCCAAUAAACCAAACACAUCAGAGCCUUCAGAACCAAAGAUCAGAUUUGUUGCAGGAGUUCAUGGCAAUGCUCCUGUGGGCACAGAACUUCUGUUAACAUUCGCUGAGUUUCUCUGCCUAAACUACAAAAAAAGCAGCGCAAUCACCAAGCUCAUUGACAGAACAAGAAUUGUGAUUGUGCCCAUGGUAAAUCCUGAUGGACGGGAGAGUGCAAAAGAGAAGGAAUGCACUUCGACUAUAGGACAAAACAAUGCAAACGGCAAGGAUCUGGAUAUUGACUUUAUAAGUAACUCUUCUGGACCUGUGGGAGAGCGAGAGAAAGAGACCAAUGCUAUUAUCGAUGGUCUCAUCAUGAAGCAGGAUUUUACCCUUUCAGUUGUACUAGAUGGAGGAUCUAUGUUGGUCACUUAUCCGUAUGAUAACCCAGUUCACACAGUGGAGAAUAGAGAUACUCUGAAAUAUUUGGCUUCUAUUUAUGCAAAUAAUCAUCCUACAAUACAUAUUGGACGUCCUGGGUGUCCCAACAUGUCAGAUGAGAAUAUCCCUGGAGGAGUCAUCUGUGGUGCUGAAUGGAGAGGUCAUCAAGGAAGCAUGAAAGAUUUCAGUGUCAUUCAUGGCCAGUGUCCAGAGAUCACAGUGUACACCAGUUGUUGCUUUUUCCCCAGUGCUUCGCAGCUGCACUCACUUUGGGCAGAUAAUAAAAAGGCACUUCUUAGCAUGCUUGUGGAGGUCCACAAGGGUGUGCAUGGGAUUGUGAAGGAUGAAACUGGAAAGCCUGUCCCCAAAGCUGGCAUCAUUAUAAACGAUGGAGUAAAAGUCUAUACCAAAGCAGGAGGCUUCUUUCAUGUGUUACUUGCCCCCGGAUUCCAUAAUAUUAACGCCAUUGCUGAAGGAUAUCAGAAGCAGCACACUCAGGUUCUCAUACGACAUGAUGCUGCAAGUUCGAUAGAAAUAAUAUUCAAUAUGGACAACCGCAUCUUUGGCUUGCCGAGGGAGCUUGUUGUAACUGUUGCGGGUGCUACUAUGUCAGCCCUUUUACUCACAGCCUGCAUCAUCUGGUGUGUAUGUUCCUUAAAAUCCAACCGGCACAAGGAUGGAUUCCAUCGACUUCGACAGCACAACGAUGAAUACGAGGAUGAGAUCCGCUUGACGUCAACUGGCUCUAAAAAAUCUCUUUUGAGCGAUGAGUUCCAGGAUGAAACGGACACAGAAGAAGAGACACUGUACACCAGCAAGCAUUGACUGCACAGAACAAGUUCAACUUAAGACUGGAUCCACCAGCAGCGGGGUUAAACCCCACCGCCACUAAGCUGAGAACUGCCCGUAUCGGCCGUGGAAUGCAGUUGCAGAUACUACCUGCACAUUUGCCAUUGAUCUUCACUUCCAAAAACCUCUUUUGUGUUAAGUGCUCUUUAAUUUGUAUAUGAUAUAUUUUUUGUGCGUGCCUGGCUGGGCCCAGAGGUGUGCUCAAAAACUUUCAUUGUGAAAGAUUGUCAAUAGCCUCUCAGAGGCCAACACGGGAUAAUUAUAAUUUAUUGCAAUACCUGGCAGGUGCUUUUCUGAGCCUCCCACAGAUAUCUCCGUUGUUAAUGCAUCUUACUAAAGAGAAAGUUGACUUUCAAAUUUAA